UCAACCAGCAAUAUAAAUUCAACUACCUCCUAUAUAUUCUUAGAACCCAUUAUCAUUAUAUUGUGCAUUCCCCAACAACAACGAUAAUAAUAAUAAUGUCCCUUUGGUGGCUCUGUAAUCUAAUCCGUUUGCAGCAGCUGACAAGAAUAAUAAGCAUAUGGGCACCACUACUAAUCUAUUCAGCCGCAUGGGUCACCCUACUAACCUUAACUGUGGCAGUGGCUUCUUUGUCCCCUGAAGUGGCUUUUGUCUCUGCCAUAUCUCCUUCUUCUUCAUUCUCCCGAAAAUGCACCAAUAAUAAUAACAUCAAUCCUAUUAUUCAUAAUAAUAAUGUUGAAGGGUCCACUAACAUUAGAGUCCCUUUGGAUUUUCCAGGAGACAGGCUUUGUUUCCCAGUUGAGCUUUUCUUCAAGUCUAGAAUUGAUCUCAUUGUUCCACCAAUCUUUGCGGCGGUUGUUGUUGCUGCUUCUGCUUUCGUCGUUCUUGCUUUGGGCUUGUGGGAGCAUGAUCAACAUUAAUGUUUUUCGCUAAUUAUUCAGCAGAUCAAGGUUUGGAAAUUGAGUUGAUCAACUUGUUGCUGAAGUCCCAGAGUUUUCUUCCUAAGAGUUCGUUUGAGGCAAAUGCACUUGGUUGGAAUUCAUUGCAAUCCAGAAAGUACUUCCCAC